AUGUUAACCGCUAGACUCCGACCAAUACCUAUACCUACGUCCACAAUGAAAGGAAACAGAGGUAAAGCAAUAGAUAGUACUAAACUAGAUGUAGCUGGAGACAACAUGGGGAAAACCACCGCUGCUCCAUCAGAUCAUCGUCAUUACCUACACACCACUUCACACCACCAUCAGGCACAAUCAAAGCAUUCGAUACUUAUCCCUAGUCCAUUAAACGCUUUGCUUCAUUCAGAUAGACACAUGAAAUACCAUUUCUACAAUUUAGGUGGUGACUUCAUUAGAGUCUCAGCAUACCGACGUUUCAAGCAAUUAUUCCGAAUAGGUGGUGGUUCACUAAUUAAAGAAAUUGUUUUUGAUUUGUCGACUUUUUUAAAACGGGAAGUCAAUGAUGAAAAAUCAGGGGUCCACUUACAGUUUAAAAACUAUCUCACUUCAAAUAGUACCAUUUUGCAAAAAAAAGAGACAAAUUGGUGUAUUUGUGAUCAUCAGUUUGGAUUACGCAAUUGGUUAUUUAUUGUAUUUGGAUACAUGUUACAAACUUAUAGGGAAGAAGAAGUACAUGAAUGUUUAGAUGACGUUAUCAAGAUGUAUCUAAAUGCAAGAAAGAAUCGAAUUGAUCCAGAUAAUAUUCGAAUUAUACGUGAUGAACGAGAUAAUUUUACAUUGGCAACAUUUGAAAAUUACAUCAAUACGGUGGAGAUUCAAGAAGAUUUGUUGUUUGGUAGUACCAGCUCCACUAGAUUUGUUACUAUAUCACCCGCGUAUAAUCAGAGAAUCUAUUUACCACCACUACCUAAAUUGCAUAAUCGGAAUUUAUUAGUUAAGGCAUUGAUGCAUAAAGAAUUUUAUCGAUUAUUAUUAGAUCCACGUCACAGGUUUGCCCAAACCAUGCAGUCACAUAACUAUGAUUUAUCAUUUGGAGAAUAUGGGUUAAUUCGUAAAGAAAUUUCAUUUCUUGAUGGAUUGGGUGAUUUCUUUUUGGCUCAGGAGACUUCAAGACUUAUAUUUGAUUUAUGUCGUAACAAUAGUAAAGGAGGGGUCACUACAGAAGAGGACUCCAUACUUAACCCCAAUGUAAGCUCCCAGACUUACAACUUACUCAAGAUGAUUCUUGCCACAAACACCUUGAUGUCGAAAUUAACCAAAUGUUACAACUUAUACCAAGGAUUAAACGACCCCAUAAUCAAUACCAGAAUUGCUGAUGAAUGGAUUCCUUAUACAACUACGGGAGUUCUUCCACGGGGUAAAGAUGUUGAUGAAGUUCGCAUAUAUGAAGAAGAGUUUCUAGGUGAUUUCUUUGAAAGUUAUAUGGCGGCAUUGUUAAUUGAACAACCAACAGUUGCAAAAUCAUUCAUUAGAGAAAUUUAUAAACAAUUAAUUUCGGUAAUGACUAAAACAUUACCACCUGAAGUAACGUACCAGAAUUGGACUAUGAACAUAUUGGGUAGAAAUAUAUAUGGCAAAAAAGAAGUGGCUUAA